AUGGCGCAGCCCGCGGCUUUAGUCCUCGAAGUCCCGGAGGCCGCAGGGGACGCAGACCUGGAGCUCAGCCCUUGCGAGGAGAGCGACGUGCACGACUCCUUCCACCGCCUCAUUCAGGAGCAGAGCCUGCGGGUGGCCGAGGAGGGGCUGGAGCUGCUGCCCCGGGGGGCUGCAGGCAGAGGCCGCCAGACCCUCCCGAGGCCCGCAGGUGCCCCGGUCCACAGCUCGGCCACUCUCCGCGUCCUGGCCAGCAUGCCGAGCCGCACCAUCGGUCGCAGCCGAGGGGCCAUCAUCUCCCAGUACUACAACCGCACAGUGAGGCUCCGUCGGCGCAGGAACAGCCGGCCCCUGCUGGGGAAUGUGGUCCGCUCUGCCCGUCCCAGCCUUCGUCUGUAUGACCUGGAGCUGGACCACACCGUCAUGGAGGAGGAUGAGAAGCGGAGCCUGCUAGUGAAGGAGCUUCAAGGUCUGUCAAUGGCCCAGCGAGACCACAUGAUCCGGAACAUGCCCUUGAGCCUGGGUGAGAAGCGCUGGCUUCGAGAGAAAAGCUGGAGUCCAAAGGGAAAGCAACAGGGCCAGAAGGGCCGAGGUGGGACCUUCUCCUGCAGCAGACUCAGAUACAGCUGCAUUCUGGCUCUGCACAGCCUGGGACUGGUGUUGCUUUCAGGACUGUAUGCAGCCAGGCCGUGGCGCUAUGCUCUGAAGCAGAUUGGCGGCCAGUUUGGUUCCAGUGUCCUCUCCUACUUCCUCUUCCUCAAGACCCUGUUGGCCUUCAAUGCGCUGAUGUUGCUGCCUCUGCUGGCCUUCCUCGUGGGUGUGCAGGCUGCCUUCCCACCUGACCCAUCCGGCCUGGUCCCUACCUUCUCUGGUCUAGAACUCCUCACAGGCAGGGGCUGUUUCACACACACCGUCAUGUACUACGGUUACUACAGCAACACCACGCUGAGCCAGUCAUGCGCCUCCCCUCGAGAAACUGGCCAGGACAGCCUGCCCUAUAACAUGCCGCUGGCCUACCUCUUCACGGUGGGCGCCGCCUUCUUCAUUACCUGCAUCACUCUGGUGUACAGCAUGUCCCACUCCUUUGGGGAGAGCUACCGGGUUGGCAGCACCAAAGGCAUCCAUGCUCUUACGGUCUUCUGCUCCUGGGACUACAAGGUGACUCAGAAGCGGGCCUCCCGUGUCCAGCAGGACAGCAUCUGUACUCAGCUGAAGGAGCUGCUGGCUGAAUGGCAACUUCGAGAGAGGCCCCAGAGCGCAUGUGGGCAGCUGUGGCAGGCUGCCAUGCUAGGCCUGGGAUGGUUGCUGUGUCUGGGCACCACGAUGGGCUGUGCAGCGGCUGUUCUUACCUUCUCAGAGGUCAUGAUUCAGAGACCGGAUGCUGAUGGCCAGGGGGUAGAGCUGCUGGCCCUACCCUUGGUGGUCAGUGUCCUUAAUCUGGGUGCCUCCUACCUGUUCCGUGGUCUGGCCACUCUGGAGAGGCAUGACUCCCCCGUGUUGGAAGUAUACAUGGCCAUCUGUAGGAGUCUCAUCCUGAAGAUGGCUGUCCUGGGUGUGCUUUGUUAUCACUGGCUGGGCCGCAGGGUGGCCAAGCUGCAGGCCCCGUGCUGGGAGGACUUUGUGGGCCAGGAACUGUACCGCUUUCUGGUUGUGGAUUUCAUCUUCACGCUCUUGGAUUCCCUUUUUGGGGAGCUGGUAUGGAGGCUCAUCUCUGAGAAGAAGCUGAAGAGGCAGAAGCCUGAGUUUGACAUUGCUCGGAAUGUUCUGGACCUGAUUUAUGGGCAGACUCUGACUUGGCUGGGUGUCCUGUUCUCACCGCUCCUGCCUGCUGUGCAAAUGCUCAGGCUGCUGCUCCUGUUCUAUGUCAAGAAGGCAAGCCUGAUGGCCAACUGCCAGGCUCCUCGCCGCCCCUGGCUGGCGUCACACAUGAGCACCGUCUUCCUCACGCUGCUCUGCUUCCCGUCAUUCCUGGGCGCCGCUGUUUUCCUCUGCUAUGCUGUCUGGCAGGUGAAACCCUCAAGCACUUGUGGCCCCUUCAGGACUCUGAACACCAUGUACGAGGCAGGCACCGUCUGGGUGCAUCGUCUGGAGCGUGCCGGCUCUGGGGCCUCCUGGCUGCCCUGGCUGCACCACUUCCUGGUGGAGAACACCUUCUUCCUUUUCCUGGUGUCAGCCUUGCUGCUGGCCGUCAUCUACCUCAACAUCCAGGUGGUGAAAGCGCAGCGAAAGGUCAUCUGUCUGCUCAAGGAACAGAUCCGGAAUGAGGGCGAGGACAAGGUCUUCCUCAUCAACAAGCUUCACUCUGUUUACGAGGCGGGGGAGCGGAGGCGCAGGCCUGGCAGAACCCAGGAGGAACCUUGUAACCCCAGUCACCAUGACCCUGCACGCAGAGACCUGGACCUGAGGUCCCCACAGGACACAGCCGUAGAGUGACUUUCCACAAGCUCCCCGAGACAGGAUCUAUUUACACAGCCUUGGCUGGCCUUGGGUUCAGAGAUCUUCCUGCCAAGUACUGGGAUCAAAGGCACGUGCCACCAGGCCCGACCUUCCCUUUCCCCAACUUUUUUUAAUUCUGAUUAAAUGGGUUUUGCAACA